AUGGAAUGUCCUGCGUCGCCGGGGCCCCGGCUCGCUUUUUCCUCCUUUCUUCGCAAGCGGUUGCAACUGGUUGUGGCCGUCGCUCUGGUCUUCUGGUAUACGACUGAGCCAGCGCCCCUGAACACCUCGCCUGCUGCGCGGUCUGCUUCGCAUCGCAACGGCCUUGCCUCUGGUUGGGUAGUCCGUGCGGACGCCGCCGAGUAUAACGAGUCAAGCAGCCAGGACCGCCAAGCUCCGAAGCACCCUGGCGAAAUCGACGAGCCGUCAUUGGAAGAGGGUCGCAAUUCCCUCGCUCGGUAUUCACCAAGGUCGCGCACACGGAAGGCCUCUGUGCGACGUCCAGUCAUUAGCCCGUUGGCUAUAUCCCUCGCCCUUAUGACCCUUGGAAUUGGGGCGCUGGCGGGAGUUCGUCAGCUAAAGAAACCAGCGGAGGAGGCAGGGCCUCACAGGAAUGCACAGGCAACUGACCGUCAGAAUGCGGACGCUGCGGGACCCGCCCCAGCUGCAGCAUCGGACCAUUCCGCCGGCACACCUAACGAGGACGCGGAGGAAACCGAAUCCCCUACUUCCCCUCCUAUGCCUUCUGACGCUGAACCUGCGAAUGCUGACCCUGCUGACGCUGAACCUGCGGAUGCUGACCCUGCUGUCGAUUUAGGUGCUACGGCUGCUGCUGCUGACGGCGCAUCGGAGACGGUACGUCCAAGAAUGAAGGAGCCUCGGUCGCUGGCUUUCGACCCUUCCCUUGUUGCAUACCACUGGGAUGUUUCCUUGUAA